GAUGAGCAGAGAAAAGUAGCAGCCUAAUCUCAGUGUCUCACGAAGAUUUCUUCGAAACAAAUAAUGGGAGGUAGAGGAGUUAUUGGGGAUAAAUGGUCAAUGAGGAUUCUGUGGGCUUGUGCGAUUGGAAGUGCUGUAGGUCUGUGGAUGGUUGGUGUUGAAAGGCAAGCUCAGAACAGGGAACGCGCUAUGGCUGAAAGCUUGAAGGCCAUGGAUUCAGAUGCAGAUGGUCAACCCAGUGGUGAAGUAGUUUGA